GUCCUCUGGUAACCCCAAGAUGGCGGAGGACAAUCAGCUGCUCGGCUCGACGCUUCUAAACUUGAGCUUGUUUCUCUCUUUUCUCUGUCCAUGUAACGUCGUUGGAGUGGCUGUGAGGGAGAAUGUUGAGGUUCACCAGACGAAGGUGAUGCACCAGUGGAAUGGCUACGGCAGCGCACAGAUUUUCCACUUCACCGUCCCGCGGGCGACCAUUGUCUCCAGGUUUGAACUGCAGGCUGUCAAACUGGCCGACAAAGAGGAGUCGGCUGCCUCCUGUCCCAACAGGACAAUACAUGUCCCGACACCAUCUCCGCCACAUGCAACCAUGACAACUCCUUCCCAAGGCGGACCUCUCUCCUUAGCAACUCACAAGUCGUCAAAACCACCUAUGUCGUCCUCUACAGGACAAACAGCACCUGUCAUGUGCGAAACAUCCUGCGUGGCUGUCUCCUGUAAGAACAAGGUUAGGCAACCAGUAGUAGAUGACUGUGUGUACUUCGCAACGGGAAAGACUGCAGUGUCUGUCCCACAAGAAGCAGUCGUGGGCUUGGCCGUCGGAGUGCCCCUGUUACUACUCAUCCUCGUGAUGGCGGCCGUCAUCGUUUUCCUGAAGAGGAAAGGACGCUCCACUGCCGAACACGUGGAUGAACGCAGGCUUGGUCAACGUCAAAAACAGGACCUGACAGUGUCUUGUACCUACAUGCUUGGUAUGAUCCAUACCACUGUGUACCUGGAUGAAAUACCUGUACUGUCUGACCGAGGUGCACUCUAUUACAAGAUGCCAUCAUCAGGAAGCGACAUAGCUGGCUUUAGGUACUUUGUUCCCACCAACACGUUGAGUGUCCAAGUCACCAUCAGUGAUUGCCAACAGUUGCCUGUGAACUCCACAGUCGGCUGUCCUAUUAUCCUACUCCUCAAACCUGCAUCACUACCAUUGCCUGGCAGUGAAGAGAACAGUGUCAAUUGUUCCACCAUGGAGGAGGACUGCAGUAUCCAUAGCGACACCCCGCCCAUCCAGAGCACCUGGUAUUACCUGGAAGUGACACGGUUGCCAGGCAACCUAACUGUCAGCUUCAAUAUUGAAGUUGAAGUAACAGCUUGUGACAAACCCCUAGACUAUUUAGAUGAAACAGGAGAGAGUCACCUGGAACAGGUGAACACCAGCCUUCCUUCACACAGUCAUCUGUUGAAGAAAGUAUCUACCCACGAGGCUCCCAUGGCAGCCAUGGCCCGAGAACUCCCCAUCAAGAAGAAGCACAGGUUUCAAAGGGCCCUGGCUAAAUCCACACAUAUUGAGCUUACUUCACAAAACACAUUGACUGACCAGUGUCCAGUCAUCCAUUGGCUCCAGAGGUUUAAGAGUCCUUACGCCUUCCAGACAUCGUUUGUCUUAGAUGAACUAGACCCAGGUGUACCAGAGUCAGACAGGCUCAGUGUGUUCAGCUUCCAGGUUCUACCAGUGGAGGACACAGGGGGAACCCUGAACAUAGGACUGGACAUACGGAGUCCUGACCCUGACCUGGUUGUCAGUGUACGUCUGUGUUACCGGGUCGGAGCUCCCCCCGGUCAGGAUGACUCCAAGGUUAACUGUGAAGCUGACCAUGAGCUGGUGGCCAACAGCACCACAGAAGACCACACCUGGUAUUUCCCAUUCCCAGAACCAGGAGUGUGGUACCUAACUCUGGACAAAACCUGCUGGAAUGUCUCUGUUCUGAGUAAUGACAGUGUAGAGGUGAACUGUUCUAACCUGACCAGUUCACUGGAGCUGAGGACAGAGAUCACGCCGUGUAUCAAUGACUGUGGACAGAAUGGAGUAUGCCACACCUACUACAGUGGUGUCUUCUUCUAUGCUGCCUGCUCCUGUGAAGAUGCCUGGGCAGGCUGGGGCUGUACUGAUGGAACUAAUUCCUUGUCCUACGACAACAAGCUGACCCGUGUCCUGCUGCUGACCCUGAGUAACCUCAUGUUCAUUCCGGCCAUCUGUGUGGCUAUCUACAGGAAGUUCUACGUGGCCGCCCUGGUCUACACCUUCAACAUGUUCUUCUCCACUUUCUACCAUGCCUGUGAUGAGCAGACAGUGCGCUACUGCCUGACUAAGUACAGCCUCCUGUCCUUCUGUGACUUCUUCGCCUCCGUCAUGUCCUUUGUGGUCACGCUGGUUGCCAUGGCAAAGCUGCCGGAGCCGUGGCGUGGACUGGCCCACAUGGCGGGGGCGCUGGGGGUGUCAGCUGGGGUACAGUAUGACGCCCACGGUUUGUGGGUGUUUGCUGUACCCGUGGGUGUGCUGGCUGUGGUCGUGCUCAUCUCCUGGAUUCUGCAGUGUCGCAAGAGGAAGAAGAUGUACCCAUCAGUCAGGCGCAUCCUGUUCUAUCUGCUCCCGGGUACAAUCCUGGCCGGUACUGGCCUGGUCACCUACGCUUUCUUCGAGACAGAGAGAAACUAUGCCUACCUGCACAGUCUGUGGCACGUGUGUAUAUCCGGCUGUGUUCCCCUCGUUCUACCAUCUAGGAGAAAGAAGACUGCUCCUGCUAGCAAUGACCAAUCAGAGGAGCUGUUAGAUGUGUCAGCCGACUACGUCCCGGAGCUGAGAUCAUACUCAGCCGCGGACAGUAUGCUGGACAAUAUGGAGUAACACUUAGCACACUGUGGGUGUCCCCUGUGUGCCACAUUUGUAGUGCUAUGUCUGUAAGUUGGCUUGCAAAAGGUUAACUGUACAGGCAACUGUCUAUGUAUAAUACAAUGGUUUUUUUUUCAUAUGGUUAAUGUUAUGUUUGGCUAUGCACAUGGAGCUGCAGUCACCAGGAAAAUCAGGGUGAGACAUUCUUGAAAUUAUUUGUCUGAGAUGUCUCAAUUUUUAUAUGUAUUAUACUGUUUUUUUUACUGUCUGUUGGUAACUUGGUAUUCAUAUGAUGUCAUAUGUAGAAGACUGUCUGACAUUUAGGUCAAGAUUAGUUAUGACACAAAAUACUGUAUUGUGUUCCAUUGGUCAUUUUAUAUCCAAGCUAGUAUAAGCCACGUACAGGGGAUUUUACCAGAAUUGUCUUGUUUCAUGAACGAGACAGUACAAUUAUAAAUCUACAUUUGGAUUCAGUGGUGAAUUUAUGUACUGCAGUCAAACCUUGUGUUUAUAAACACUGUUGUCAGGUAAAUAGAAUUUCAGUAAAGCAUUGUUUAACCACCAGGGCCACAUUUGUCUAACAAACAAAUGUGGUUUUUGGGCAAGUUGUCUUUUCCUAAAAACAGCCAUAAAAUGCUUGCAUUUUUCUAUGUCAUAGCUCUCACUGGUUCAAUUUAUGCUAUGAACAAUAACUCUUCACUGAUUUUCCCAAUCAUCAUCAAUUUUGGUUGUCGAUUAGGGUUGAUUUUGAAGAUGGGGUCUGCAAAAAAGUGGUUGCUGUUUUGGUAAGACAGUUAAUGUGGUCUAUGAUAGGAGGUGGUUGGCUGGCCAGGUUUGACUGUAGUAUGUUACUUAAUUUGUUUUAAAGAUGUACAAUGUAUCUGUCGUGAAAAGCAGAGUGUACAUAUUGUUGAAGGGAAUUUGUAAGUAUUCUGUUUUUAGAUUUGUCUUAUAAGCAUUUGUAAAACCAACCUUAUCUGCAUUUAGGAAUGACCUUGGAUGGACUUGAAUAGGAAAUAUAAUAACUUAAAUUCACAUAAAAAUUAGGGAAGAGCAGAAAUGGAUGAAAAGUAAAUUAAUGUAUAGUAUCAACCUGAAAAAAUUACAAUCAAUUUAUAUGUCUGUAAAUAGCAGUGUUAAGACAAGUUGGAUUGUAAAUAUUGUGACAAACCUGCUGUAUAUAAUCUAUCAACAAUUGAUUUAACUAUGGUUAGAAAGUAAAUGCUGUGUAACAAAGUUGUUGUCACAUCUAACUUUGUGCAAUGUAACAGUGACUUCUCAACAUGAAAUUGCUGUUCAGUAUCAUCCAUUCUGUACAGUGUCUGGAAAUAUGGUAACAAUUUGAUACAAAUGUAGGUAUUACUAGAAUUAAAUGUGUCAUGUUACGGACUUUUGUAUUCUAAUCGCAAGUUGGGAAUAUGACUGUAUACUUGCUGCUAAUUUUAUCUACUAGUAUUUGAUCAUUAGGUGAUUGAAGAGCAUGUUUGUGUAAUUGAUGUACAUAUUCUGUAAGUGAUGAAAUAUAUGCAGUUGUUUGUGAACAAAAUCAAUGUAGGUUUGCACUUUUUUGAACUAAAUGAUACCUCUAACGUCA